AUGCCUGAAAAUGAGUUUGAAAUCAUUGGAGGGGAACUGAUCAAUUCCCCCACUACAACAUACGAGGCACAGAAAUUCCUGGGCUCUGGAACCAACGGACUGGUCAUCCAAUGCAGGGAUGUGAGAACCAAUGACACGGUGGCAAUAAAAAUGUUUAAAAGGAAGACAGACAUUGAGUUUGCGAAGGAAGAGGAGGACAUCUUAAGAGCCUUGGAGGACCUACACUCAGAAUGGUUCAACGUUGUCAGAUUGAACAGCUCAUUCACCUACAAGAGCCAUUAUUGUCUGGUGUUUGAGCUCCUAGACAUGGAUCUGCUGAAAUUCAUGAAGAUCAAUCCGGGUAAUCGCCUUCAGCUGAAGGAAAUCCGCCCCAUUCUGCAGCAGCUGGCUACAUCAUUGGACUUUCUGAAAAGUGCAGGGGUCGUCCAUUCAGAUUUAAAGCCUGAAAACAUUAUGAUGGUGGAUCAUGUCAGGCAGCCACUGAAGGUUCAAGUCAUUGACUUUGGCUUAGCCUGCAACAAUCCUGAGGAAAAGAUAGGACACACCCUCCAGACCUUGUAUUACAGAUCUCCUGAGAUUCUGCAAUGUGCACCUUUCGACGAGGCCAUCGACGUUUGGUCGCUAGGCUGCAUUGCUGCAGAAUUGCUUAUGGGCAUGCCACUGUUCCCUGCCCAGGAUGAGGACAGCUUGAUUAAUCAGUCCUCGGGAGAAGACGCCGAAGCUGAACACUGUGACCUGGAGAGCUUUAACGAUCUUCUGGCACAGAUGCUUAUGACGAAUCGGUUUGAAAGAAUUGACCCCAGACUAAUUCUGCAGCAUCCUUUCUUGUCGAUGAGCCACCUUAAGGGACGGUUCAAAAACAGCCUCUAUACGAAAUCGUCUGAGGGUCUGAUGGACAUCUGCGAGGAACAGAGCUAUGGCUAUGGAGAACAUGUAGACCACACAGUCCUGCAAAUGUCGUCGAACGAGGAAUCCUCCAGCAGCACUGCCGGCCCAGCCAUGGAGGGCAGCCCUGCUGGGAUGAUAGGGGAGCAGCUUUCCUAUUCCUUCUUGAAGAACUUCAGCAGUCGGAAAAAAGAAGAAAUUACCUCAAAACUGAAAGCCGGGCACGUGUCUUCAGACUUUAGGGAAGUGCAGUGA